GUUAAAGCAGACUUUUACUCUCUGCGAAGUGACUGGCUGGGGUGAGGGAGUGGAAUAUUACAGUGAAGAGGGGGGUGGUCAGUGAGAGGAGGUGGUGGAGAAUACUCCCGAUUUGUUGGGGGGAGGGCACUGCAAUGGCCACGUGUUUAAGUUGAGUGAUUCCUGUGGAGGACAGAGUGCGGGAAAUGACACAGUACAAGUUAUUCAAACUGACUUGUAUUGUUGUUAAUAUAUUCGUAUAAAUCAUGUCGCCGACAGACACUUUUGAGGUGGAAAGCAUUAAGGAUAAGAAGGUGGUCAACGGCAUCACCCACUAUUUGGUCAAGUGGAAGGGGCUCCCCAGGUAUUCCGCAAUGUCAUUUCAGCGACAAAAACACGUGGGAGGCGGAAUGUGGAAGUCGAGUACUCCCCUCUACGACCUGAUUCCUGUGUCGGUGGCGAAUGCUCGGUGUCCGCAGACGGUCAUCUCCUUCUACGAGUCCCGACUGGGUUACUAUUGCCAAUAA